ACAGAUUCUUACCAAAUCCCUGGCUUUCACAAAAUCCAAUCAUGUUGGAAGUCUUCAAAGUAUGGUCCUAACUGAGAGCAUAUAAAACAAGAACCUCAAAACACAGACUGUUCCAAGUCAAGACCAUGGAGGAUGGGAGCAGUAGCCGAGGGCAUCCUCUGCUCAGGUGGAGGAAAGUAGAGGGAGCUUACAGCCAUGGUUUCUCUCUUGCUCAGAUCCAAUCACUGGCUGCCAUCUGUCGCACCCUCCUCCCUCCGCCGCCUUCUCUCGAUUCCUUCCACAGUCAGCCAUCUCUUCCUGAUGAGGUGGGGGAGAUGAUGGCGAGGCAUGGCCGACCAGAAGCAGUUGCGGUUGUGAGGAUCGUCUUGAAGAUUCUAUCUUCCAGAUUGGGAAGCUUACUUCUCUGUGGAACUCUCUGCAUUGAUGCCAAAUGGCCCUUUCUCCACACAUUCUCCCAGCUCCCUCUGCACACGAGAGAGGCAAUCCUCCGGGCAUGGUCCAAGCAGAGCGGGGUCUUCGUCCCACUCCGCAUCACCUUCCUCCUCGUCAAAUUCUUCUGCCUGUUCUACUUCUUUGCCCGGGCUGAUGAGAAUUCGAAGAAUCCUGCGUGGGAAUCCAUCGGAUACAGAGUGGACACAAGAGAGAGAGGUUGGAAGGAGGAAAGACCUCUUGAGAAGGGGAUCAUAGAGACAGUGGACGAGGACGACAUCUCCAUAAGGCAAUCUCUCCUCGACAAAGGCGUCCACGUUGCUGAAGACAACACCAUCAGAUGCGACGUGGUGGUCGUUGGUUCAGGCUGCGGUGGCGGUGUGGCCGCUGCCAAUCUCGCUAUGGCCGGACUUAAAGUGGUAGUUCUCGAGAAAGGUAACUACUUCUCACCUCGUGACUACUCGUCCCUCGAAGGUCCGUCUAUGGCCGAGCUUUACGAGAAGAGUGGGCUUAUGACAACAGUCGAUGGGAAAUUCAUGGUCUUGGCUGGAUCAACCGUCGGAGGUGGCUCCGCGGUUAACUGGUCGGCCUCCAUAAGAACUCCGGAUCAUGUUCUGCAGGAAUGGUCCACCGAGCAUAAGAUCAAGCUUUUCAAUAGCCAAGAAUAUCAUUCUGCCAUGGAUCAAGUUAUGACAAGGUUAGGUAUCACAGAGAGCUGCGAAAGAGAAGGGUUUCAAAACCAGGUUCUCAGAAAAGGGUGCGAGAGACUCGGGUUGAAAGUAGAGCCAGUUCCAAGAAACUCACCCCGAGAUCAUUACUGCGGUUCUUGCGGGUACGGAUGUAGGACAGGAGACAAGAAUGGGACGGACCGGACAUGGCUUGUUGACGCCGUGGACAACGGAGCUGUAAUCCUGACAGGUAUUAAAGCCGAGAAAUUUAUAUUAGAAGACAGCAAUGAUAACAGCAAUGGCAGACACCAGAGAAGGAAGAGAUGUGUAGGAGUGAUUGCUAGUUCUCUAGGGGGCAAAAUCAAGAAGAAACUCUGGCUCGAGGCCCGAGCAACGAUUUCAGCAGCUGGGUCGCUGUUGACUCCACCAUUGAUGCUCUCGAGCAAGUUGGAGAACCCACACAUCGGUAGAAACCUCAGGCUGCAUCCGGUUCUGAUGACGUGGGGGUACUUCCCCGAGGAGGGUUCGGAAUUCUCAGGGAAAAUGUACGAGGGAGGGAUCAUCACGUCAGUUCAUCAUGUGACAGGCACAGAGUCAGGGUCGGGAAGCAGAGCAGUGCUGGAGACUCCUCUGAUAGGACCGGCGUCGUAUGCGGGGCUGGUGCCUUGGGUUUCAGCAGCGGACUUUAAGGACCGGAUGGUGAGAUACGGGAGGACAGCUCACGUGUUUGCGCUGGUUAGGGACAACGGUUCGGGUGAGGUUGUGAAGGAAGGGGAUGUUAAGUACAGGUUGAGCCAGAAGGAUAAGGAGAGUCUAAGGGUGGGGCUGAGACAAGCCUUGAGGAUCCUGAUCGCUGCGGGCGCUGCUGAAGUUGGGACAUAUAGGAGCGAUGGACAGAGGAUGAAGUGCGAGGGGCUUACAGCAGAAGCAAUGGAGGAGUUUCUGGACAGCGUGGAUGCGGUUGGGGGAGUGAGGACGAGAGGGGAGCACUGGACGACAUACUUCUCCGCACACCAGAUGGGGAGCUGCCGUAUGGGUGCCUCUGCAGGAGAAGGUGCGGUGGACGAGAACGGUCAGAGCUGGGAGGCCGAGGGCUUAUUCGUCUGUGAUGGGAGUGUUUUGCCGUCCGCUAUUGGGAUAAACCCGAUGAUCACCAUCCAGUCCACUGCUUACUGCAUUUCGAGAAGGAUAGCUAUCUCACUGCAAAAGGGAAGAUGAGAGAUUCCAGUGCAGAAUCAUCUGAUUCUUGAAGGAUCUCAAACUUUGUCAACCAGAAACUCUGAAUUAUGUUGUCAAGUAAAGAAUAAGAACAUGAAAGGAGCGAAAACCUCCCCUGGUUUCUGAUUUGUUAUUAAAUAUCUGCAAAAGAGAGAGAGAUUCUGCCA